CAAACAAUGGUCUGUUUAUUAUAAUAUAUGACACAGAAAAGCAUCACAUUCUCACAUUUAAGAAGCUGGAACUGGUAAUUGUUUGAGAUAUUUGCUUGAAAACUACUAAUUCACUAUCAUGACAGUUAAUGCUUGUUUUUCUGUGGACUGGACUCUGCUGCUCUUUCAUAUUGAACAACAUCAAAGUUUUGUUCCCCUUUUACUUAAGUUAUAUCAUUGAAAAAGCAAUUAAUAUGGUGCACUGUGAAAGAAAUGGUCUUUUCUUAGAAGCCACCCUUUCUGAAAGGUUGCAAUUUAUAACUGAUGGCUAAUAAUUAAUUGUUUUAAAGAUCAAUUAAGCCAUUUAGAACAAAUGUUGUGUUGUCAGGUUGUGAAAACUUUCUCAGGAUCCAAAUCCAUCACUUAUAUAAGCACACAAUUGCAGACCGGAUGGCUUAAAACCCCUUUAUUAAUAACGUAUUGACAUUUAUAACUGGAGACAUGAUGGCCUUUUAAAAAGUGCAAAAUCCAUGAUCAUUUAUUAAUAAAUUGCCAACAGGUUUAGCUGCAUUAAUAUCUAACUUGAAAGAUAAAUAUUACUAAGAGGCAACUCAAAAUAUCUUAUCAAUAAUUAGAACUGAUCUAUAAAGCACUUAUUAAUAAUAAAACCAUUUGUUACAACUUAUAAGCCCUUAUAGAGGCUAUUAGAACGUGACACUUAAGUGAUACUAAACCCACUUAGGCUACACGCGGUUAAUUCUGUAAUAACUAUUAGUAUUCUUUCAUAAGCAGAGGAUCCGUGCUCUCUGACAUGUGGGGGCUAUAAUACUCCUACAGACGGUGGGUCAAGUGUUAACACAAUGACGUGCAGGUAGCACGUCUUUGCAGACAGAAAACUAUAUUUCAGCUUGAGUGUAAUAAAACACGAUACGGGAUCAUUAGCCUGCCGCUCGACCACCUCUAAAACUAAAGUUAGGGUUAACUUGUCGGUGCUGUUUGCUGUGCUGAAUUAUUCCUCUGUUCAAAAGCAAAAGAAACGAAAUGUAAACGUUUAAAUGUUGCAGGCUGAGCCGCUUGAGACGAGCAGCAUCUCCUCCGGAGAGAAACGAUCCUCCGCAGCGCCUCGCGCUGUCCGCCGCCUCUCCCACAUUCUCAGACAGUUUAUUAAAAAAAUUCAGACAAAAGGAAAACAAAAAUGGCAGCCCUGUCUUAUUUUUAUAACCACUGGACGCCAUAUUCUGCAGAUCCGAAUAUUAUAAGGAGAUAAUUCUCCCCGUGUCAUGCAACGCUCGUGCGAUGCGUCGGGAUGUGGCGUAUUUGCAUUAAGCGUACGAAUGAUUGUUUACUUUGAUUCAGGUUUGAAUAGCCCGGCUCGAGGAAGGGGUGAAAAAAAAAAAAAAAGAAGCCUGACACUUCCUACAACAAUCAUCAUGCCCUCGCUGAAUGCUCUGCAGCUGGCCAGGUGCAGCAGGGAGCACGGGGGGGAGAGAGGAGAGGAGGAGGUCAUUAUCCCCAUGAGGGCGGAGCAGAAGGGGGAGGUGAAGGGAACAGAUAAAACAUUUGAAGCUCACAUUGACAUGCUGCUCUGAAGGGUCCUGUGAGUCCAGCCAUGGAUGGCGUGUUGGAAGAAGCAGCAGUGUUGUGUGUGUGCAAACUGGCCUGCAGUCUCCUCUUCCUGCCCUCACUGGCUGCCUCGUACAGUCUCGUCAGCUUCUGCUGCUGCUGCCUCCUGGUCUUCACCGACUUCCUGGUCGCAGUGUUUCUGAGUUUCCUUUGCAUCUCUGAAUCCUGGCUAACUGAGCUGACCCCACUAGUUGAUGUUGUUGCCCUGCGCUUCCUGAUCUUUAUCAGCCACACAUACGGUGCGGUGUUGCUUCUGACCACGCCUCUGGUUGCAGUGGAGACUCUGACCAGACUGCUGGUGCCUCACUCUGAUGUCGCUCACAGGGCAGUGAGUCAGACAGCGGGCUCUGAUGGACAAGGUUGUUCUGUUGGGGAGGUAACUGCUGAAGAGGAGGAGGACAGCAAAGACAACAAAAACAAAGAAAAGGGGUUGUCUCAUCACGCUGUCAGCUACCUCUGCUGCCUGUCAGUGUGGGUCGUCGUCGCCCUCAAUGUCAGGUGGCAUUGGAAGCGCGAGGAAGCGUGGGCUGCUGCCUGUUGGCUCACGACCAACACCCUCAUCACAUGCUUGCCCAACCUGUUCAGCCCCAUGUCUAGCACUGUGAAUCCCUGCUGGGGCAUGGCCUUCCUCUCCCUCCUCCUGUUCCUCCUGACCAUGAGCACAGGUCUGCACCGUCAACACCGGGCCCCUGCACAGAUGGCAAGGACACACAAAGAGAAACAGGGAGUUAACAAUAACGGCGACAGUUGCUGGCAUGACCUCGCUCCAGCACUGUCUGGGCCCUCCAAGCCUCCGAACCCUGGGACGCCCGAGUCAGAGCCAGCACAGUGUGUUGACCCAGGGAAAACAGAGAGCAGCUGCAGUGUUCACAGAGCUUAUUCCUGGAACAGCGUGCAGAUGUCGGCACAUCACCAUGGAGACUUUGUUCUCAUCACCCCUGAAUGUUUGUCUGCAGAGAGAAGAGGACAGGAGCAUGAACGGACGAAGAAAUGUAUACCGUUGACAUUUAUCACGGAGGACGUGGACGCACAAAACAGGAGCCAAAGAGGCUGGCGACGGGGGGGUUUUCCCUGCCCGGGGGUGAAUGUAAUGAUAGGGGUUGUGGCUGUGCUCUCCAUCUUUGUGCUGCCUUUAAACCUCAGUGUGAACAUUCUUCUGAUCAGGACUGUAGAGACUCUGCUGGAGCUGUGUAUCAAAUCUUUCGUUUCACUUGCAGCAAGCACAAGCAAUGCAGACACCACUCACAAUGAAACACUUGUAUAAAACCAGACUAGUGAGAGGCAAAAGUGGACGCUGAUUGGAGGUCAAAUGCAACAGGAUCACCAGAUUAAUAUUGCAUAUGUGCAGAUGGCAGGUCUACCUGUCAACACUGGCUUGAAUAGAGUGUAAAUAAGCAUUUCCGAGCAGCUAUUCACAUGUGAAGGAUAAUAUGAGGAAACCGCUGAAAGGUGCCGAGGAGGCAGGUUGAGGCGUGCUUGGUGGUAAGACACUAGACAGAAACAGGGCUGGAAGGCCUGUUUUUAUUGUUCAGAGCCUCAAGAUAUGCAGCGGUUUUGUCAUUACUCAAGGGGUUAUAGAACGAGCUUCACCAAAGUAAAUAAGACUAAUCCAGGGGAAAAGGGUGUUUUCAAAGUGGUAAUAUGAUGCUGCAUCACACAAACCCCACAUACAGCAAUAUAAAUAAACACAGAGUGACUUGAGUGUGUGCCACAGGUUCUGUUCUUCUUCUUUGUAGUUGUGUCUUUGUUCUUAAAUCAGCUUGUUUCAAAGGAUUGUACUCCUCAACGGUCAUUUAGUCAAGUAAUGCACUUUAAGUACAAUUGUUAGGCACAUGCAGGCUACUCUUUUUUUUUUUUUUUUAGUGUUUCCAUUUUCUGCUCCAGGUAGAAAUGUUUGACUUUUUACUCCACUGUAUUUAUUUACUUUUAAGCUUAGGAGUUGACAUUAACAGUUUCACCAAAGAGAGAUUUAAAUACCCAUUUCAGGGCCAGAAUAAUUCAAACUAUCCAAUAUUUCAGAAAGAUUAAAGAACCGGAAAUAAUCUUAUCACGACCACCAUCUUGUGAUCCUUUAGGGGGAGGAACCCUAACAACACAGACCAUAUACUGAGAACCUAAUGUUUAACUACAUAAAUGUAUAUAAAGUACUAAGUAGUUAGAACGAGUUGCAUCUUAGCCAGCAACAGCAACAGCAACAUGUUGCUUACUCAUUGCUACAGUCUUUCUGAUCUCAUAUUGUAACGCUAAUAUAUAAUAAUCUAAUAUCAUAAACAUAAAGCUGAAGUUACAGCCAGCAGUCGUUUAGCUUAGCAUAGCAUAACAACUGGUAACAUGAAAUAAACAAGCCUACCAGCACAGCUCACUGAUAAACAUGUUGUGUGUGUUGUUUCUGUUCAAUCUUUUGUUUAAUCCGUAUAAAAGAGCUUGUUUUUACUCUGUGGUUAGUGACUUCCUCUCUGCUAGCUUGUCUGGGUGGAUCGGUACCGAUUCAAAGGUCUGGAUCCAGACAAUCAACUUCUCAUGUAACUCUCGGCUGUUCCCUGUAAAUGAAACAAAGAGGUAUCUCGUGGAGAAUCUCAACGUGGCACGACAAGCCUUGUACUCGCACCACGUAGGACUCAUCGAGCCUGAGCUGACAGGUUUGUGUAGCUUCAGGCGAGCAGGGACACACAGAUGUCAACACCAGAGGGCACUCUGGUGCAACUCAGAGCGACUAAGACCUCAGACCUUGAAGCUCCCUAAAUGUUUGAUAGACGAGCUU